CCGCGCCAGUUGACCGAACUGAUCCACGUGAUGCGUGAAGGCGAAAGACUUAAUUGUGCUGGCUCUUCUCGUCUCAUUGUUUUUGUGCGCUUUCUCGCCUCAAUCUCCGCUUAUGCAACAACUGCAGCUUGGUUUUGCGUCGUUUGGCCAGACAAGAUUGCCACUCCACUUCACUCCACUCCAAAACUGCACUCAUCAAAUCAGGUACUCACUAUCUUGUGUCUUGUCCACGUGUUUCUCUACUUUCUCUUACGAUCCACGCCUUGGAGCACCAUCAAACCAGAGGCUAAUGACCCCAUCUUUUCGUUCAAGGAGAUACAAGGCUUCCUCAUUCGCGCCAUCCGCGAGAGGAAUCCAACAUUUGUGAUUCCUGAUGAAAAAUGUCUUCUCCAAAAUCGAAAUUGCUACAACUACGGAAGAGGGAGUUUUCAGAUCUGUCCGAAAAUCUGCCGGAUCCAUAACGCCACGACCCCGACGAAUCUGAACAGAACGGAUCCGCUGGAACUGAGGCCACCUGUUCCGCUGAUCACAGCUCAAUCCUCCUUCCACUCAGAAAAGACUUGGCGCGGACUGUAUCCCGGCGGUCUCUGGAGCCCCUACAGCGUUGGCAACAGCCAUUGCAACCAACAGUCCGGCCUCGCGGUUGUCAUUCCCUUUCGCAAUCGACACCGGCAACUCAACACCAUGUUGCCCAUACUGCAUCAGGGGCUGCGUCGUCAGGGUGUGUGCUACAGAAUUUUCGUCGUCGAGCAGGCCGGUGACGAUCUGUUCAACCGAGGCGGCACCAGCAACGUCGGCUUCCUCGAGGCGGCAACUCGAUUCCAAUUCGACUGCGUCCUCUUCCACGACACCGACCUGGUUCCGAUGAAUCCGAGGAUACCAUAUGCCUGUUCCCAGGACCCCAACGAACUGCCCCUUCACAUGUCGGCCAACGUGAGUCAGUUCGGCUGGAAGCUGCUCUACCAAGGCCUAGUUGGCGGCAUAAUACGCAUGCCGAUGAACCAAUUCGUCCGCGUCAACGGCUACUCAAACAAGUAUUGGGGCUGGGGAGGCGAGGAUGACGAUUUGCGCGUUCGGCUUGUCACCAUGGGACUCAGCUUUAAACGACUGCCU